AUGCCUCGUGGAUUUCUACGGCUGGAAACUCGUAGUCGAGCUAAAGAAGAUGUAAAGAGAAUAUUAACCGCAAUUGACAAAGUCAGGAAAUGGGAAAAGAAAUGGGUUGAUGUUAAGGGAUGCUCUCUUAAGACAUAUAAAUGGGUCCCUAUUACUGAACCCAAACCGAACCAGACAACUUUAAACAAGGAUGAAGCUCUGGCUGUUGGAGACAAAAGAGACAGAUUUGAUGAUGAAGUUUCAGAUAUAAAUAGUAGUUCAAUUUCACUGAAUUACAAUGAUAGUUUCGUAGUUGAAGGCAAUGAAGGAAGUAUUCAAGCUGAUGACCAAGAGCCUACGCCAAAGAAAAUCUGCCCAAGUCAAGAUGUCAGUAAGAGUCAAGUCUCCUUUACGAUUGGUUCCGAUGGUGAAAGCAAUGAUUCGGACAGUGAAAAUACUACAAAUUUAUUCGUAUUGGAAAAUAAAGAAGAGUCCGCCAGUGUUCCCGCAUCAGAUAAUGAAAAUACUAAGGAAUGGAAGUUUUCAGAAGACAAAAACAUGUCGAUAUCGAACGCGAGUGAUUGUUGUUUACAAGAAGCCUCCGCUGAUGCCGAUAAGUCUGAGAAAGAAGAUGUAAAUCGUAUUAUACCAGCAGAAUCCGAUUUAGAUACUUCAUAUAAAGAUAUACCUGAUCCCUCAUGUAAGGACGAUGCAGCAAAGAUGUUAGAAAGUUACUUUUCAAGUUUAAUAGCUAAAAAACUUCGAAUGCCUAGCGCUGCCGCAUUUCAGGGUUACGAAACCAUGAUGAAUCGAAAAUCGAAAUUUAUUGAUCAACUAGCAAGUGAACUAAUGUUAGGCAGGUUAUUAAUGUUGACAGAAGAACACAACAUUGAUCAUGCAAGUUCAUUGCCUGUUAUAGAAAUAUCUUCUGCUUUGGAAGCACCGCGAGAUUCGCAGUUUUUAGCCGAAUGGAGACAAAUGAAUCGUACAUCCUUGCAAUAUAAGAAUGCUAAAGAGACUGCGUUAAGAUGCAAAUUAAAUGAUAAGGAAAAAUUCCAAUCAAGUUCUUGCAUUGGGUUCGAGAGUAAUCAGAUUGCUAGAAGAAAUUCAGCUAAAGAGAUUGAAACACGAGUGUACAGACAUCCUAUUGUAAUUCAUGUAUACGACGAUGCAAACCAGAUAACCAAGGACUUCAUUUGCCCUCGCGAAUUACUGGUUAAGGAAAUGCAGUACUUUGCUGAGUGCCUACCGCAUGAUAUAUCUUCCCCAGAUGAUAUCGAUAUUUCAGUUCACUGCGAUAUCAAAAUAUUCCGUUGGUUAAUGGAGUACGUAAAGAGUAACGAUAAGGAUGCUAACAGCGAUCAAUCAAAAAUCACAGAGAAACCCAAAUUAGGUAUAUUUUUAUAA